AUGACAAUGCUCACUAAACUUUUUCUAGGCCACAAUAAUUUAUCUGGAUGUGUUCCUUCAGAAAUAGGACAACUUAUAUCCCUUGUGGACUUGAGAUUACAUGAGAACAAAUUUCACGGCCCAUUGCCCUCAGAGAUGAACAAUCUCACCCAUUUGAAGUAUUUGUCAUUGGGUAUCAACGAAUUCACGGGUCAAUUGCCACUAGAUUUAUGCCAUGGAGGAGUAUUGGAAGACUUUACUGUUGACCACAACUAUUUCUCAGGUUCAAUCCCGAAAAGCUUGAAAAACUGCACUGGUUUAUACCGAGUAAGCUUUGAUUGGAAUCAAUUAACAGGAAAUAUUUCUGAGGUUUUUGGUGUCUAUCCACAUCUGGAUUAUAUUGAUUUGAGUUACAAUAAUUUUUAUGGUGAGCUUUCUUCAAAAUGGGGAGAUUGUCGUAACAUGACAAGCCUAAAAAUCUCAAACAAUAAUGUUUCUGGUGAGAUACCACCAGAGCUUGGGAAGGCUACUCAAUUGCACUUGAUAGAUCUGUCAUCAAAUCAGUUAAAAGGAGCCAUCCCAAAAGAUUUAGGGGGUUUGAAGUUGUUGUACAAGCUUAUUCUUAACAACAACCAUCUUUCAGGUGCCGUUCCCUUAGAUUUUAAGAUGCUUUCCAAUCUUCAAAUCCUUAAUUUAGCAUCUAAUAAUCUGAGUGGAUUGAUUCCAAAACAACUUGGGGAAUGCUUGAAUUUAUUGUUGCUGAACCUCAGCGGUAAUAAAUUUAGAGAAAGCAUUCCAGGUGAGAUAGGCUUUCUACUUUCUCUUGAAGAUCUUGAUCUUAGCUGCAAUUUCCUGACUCAAGAGAUACCGAGGCAACUGGGGCAACUGCAAAGGUUGGAAACUCUGAAUGUCUCUUACAACAUGCUUUCUGGACGGAUUCCGAGCACUUUCAAAGACAUGGUAAGCUUAACAACUGUGGAUAUAUCAUCCAAUAAGCUACAAGGCCCCAUUCCCAAUAUCAAAGCCUUCCACAACGCUUCAUUUGAGGCAUUAAGGGAUAAUAUGGGUAUAUGUGGCAACGCCAGCGGUCUAAAGCCGUGCAAUCUUCCAAAAAGCAGCAAAACUGUUAAGAGAAAGAGCAACAAGCUUGUGAUUUUGAUUGUACUCCCUCUUUUAGGAAGCUUGCUUUUGGUGUUUGGAGCUUUAUUCAUUCUCUGCAAAAGAGCUAGGAAGAGAAACGCUGAGCCAGAAAAUGAACAAGAUCGAAACAUAUUCACGAUAUUGGACCAUGAUGGGAAGAAGUUGUAUGAGAAUAUCGUUGAAGCUACAGAGGAAUUCAACUCCAACUACUGCAUUGGCGAAGGAGGAUAUGGAACUGUUUAUAAAGCAGUGAUGCCAACAGAACAGGUGGUUGCUGUGAAGAAACUUCACCAGUCACAAACAGAAAAGUUGUUCGAUUUUAAAGCUUUUGAAAAGGAAGUUUGUGUGUUGGCAAAUAUUCGACAUCGAAAUAUUGUGAAAAUGUAUGGAUUUUGCUCACAUGCAAAGCAUUCUUUUUUGGUUUAUGAGUUCAUUGAAAGAGGAAGCUUGAGAAAGAUUAUAACCAGUGAGGAACAAGCAAUUGAGUUCGAUUGGAGGAGAAGGCUAAACGUUGUGAAAGGGGUGGGUGGAGCUUUAUCCUAUCUACACCAUUCUUGCUCUCCUCCGAUCAUUCAUCGAGACAUUACCAGCAAUAAUAUCCUUCUGGAUUUGGAAUAUGAAGCACACGUCUCCGACUUUGGCACAGCUAGACUGUUGAUGCCUGACUCAUCCAAUUGGACCUCAUUUGCAGGUACUUUUGGAUAUACUGCUCCAGAGCUAGCUUACACAAUGAAGGUGACUGAAAAAUGCGAUGUCUAUAGCUUCGGAGUGGUAACAAUGGAGGUGAUGACAGGAAGGCACCCAGGCGAUCUCAUUUCAGCACUCUUAUCACCAGGAUCUUCGUCAUCAUCGUCGUUGCCACCGAUUGCUCAACAUGCACUAUUGAAGGAUGUGUUAGACCACCGCAUCUCGCUUCCUAAAAAAGGAGCAGCAGAGGGCGUUGUCCACAUGAUGAAAAUUGCACUUGCAUGCUUGCAUUCCAAUCCUCAAUCUCGGCCUACAAUGGAAAAAAUUUCUUUCGAGCUUACAACUAAGUGGCCUCCACUGCCUAAGGCAUUUUGCACAAUAAGUUUGGGAGAUCUCUUCUCAUAGUGUAUAGCUAGCUAUUUCUAUUCGAUUAUCAAUUGGAACAAUAGUUAUUUGUAAUAUGAAUUUUAUCAUCGAACUUUUUUUCUUUCAAA